AUGGCUGCCAACGGCGCCGCCGCGCUGGGUGGCAGUGGCGGGGCUGCAGAACCCAUGGCCAAGAUUCGAGAAGCUCUCGAUGUUGUCCAUAGCCCGUUCUCGAACAAUAAUGCUCGACGCGAUGCGCAAAACUUUCUCGAAGACAUUAAAAGCCAUGACGAAGCUCCGAUACAAGGCUACAACCUCGCCAGCGACAAGUCACAAGCGCCUGUUGUGCGACACUACGCGCUGUCGCUCUUGGAGCAUGCGAUCCGUUACAAGUGGUCUGGCUAUACAGAGGAGCAGGCUUUGACUCUGAGAAACUGGGUUUUGGAGCUGGCCCAGGCGGUUUCUCGCAGUGAUCCCGCAUACCUUCGAAACAAGACUGCACAGCUCUGGGUCGAGGUAGCGAAGCGCUGCUGGGGAGGUGAAUGGCUAGACAUGGACGCCAUGCUUGUUCAGCUCUGGGAGGUUCCCGACUCCGCAGUGCACAAAGAACUCGUCAUGUUUGUUCUCGAGACCUUGUCCGACGAGGUGUUUGCCGGAGAUGACUCGGUGGUGGCAAUGCGCGAGGGUGUCCUUAGUAAGGCAUGUGUCGAAGUAUUCACUCCCACCGCUGUGCUUGUGGAAGCGUUCCCCAACCGACACCCUGGCCCUGACGUGCGAUGUGGUCAUGACGGUUGGCUCAGCAGGCUCUCCGUGCUUCUCGGAAGCUGCUUAGCGGUUUCGCCGGUAGACAAUGAAGAGGUCAAAUCAUGUACAGUCAAGGGCCUGUCUCUGAUGCUCUCGCUGAUGCCAUGGGCGAUUCCUAAAGCUAUUGCUGCGGCGGGGUGCGUCAAUUAUAUGUGCCAGGGUCUCUCUUCUACCGUUCCCGAGAUCCAGAAAGCUUCACUCGACGCUCUUCAUGCACUUUACUGCCGAACAAACUUUACCGACGAGGAGUUUCUUGAUCUUGUUGCACCAAUGUAUAACCAAGCCUCCGUUGAGCUAUGCAAGAACUUAUACCAAUGGGCGGCUGUCGACCCCACAGACAUUGAUGACGACAAAUACCAGAUUCUCAAAAAGCUGUCGGAGAUGCUGUCUAGCCUGGGUGACUACUUCGACCGCAAGUUCAGCCGCUUACCAAGUGCCGCUGCUAAGGAAAGUUUUCUUCAACUUCUACUCCAAGUAGUUCAAAAUUCUAGUCUGAUGGUUUCCAUCCCGGUCCUCGUCUCGUGGACACGCCUUCUGAACCGGAAAGAUCUCGGCAAUGGCGAGAUUUUGUCUCCUUUGAUCGGUCCUUUGCUGGAGGUUUGCAGUUCCAGAAUGGUUCGCUACGAGAACCUCCCAGAUGACAACGAAGACGCCACUUUUCUCUUUCUUCAAGAAGACACCGACACGCUACCCGAACGGCAUGCAUUCCUGGGCAACUAUCGCAGAUAUGGCUCCCAGGUCAUUGAAGCCAUUGUGCAGCUGAAGCUUGUCGACGCUGUGUCUCAUAUCCUAGGCCGAACUGAACAUAUCCUCCAGCAUCUAUACGACGGGCAGCCCGCCUUCAAUAAACAAAGUUACACCAAACACUCUAUGCCCGCUCUCAUGGUUGACUCCCACUUCACAGUCAUUGAGGCUACACUCAAGGGUUACAUGAAGUGGCGAAGACAUCGCCAGCAAAGCUCUCUACCCUCCGAAAUGAGCGAGUUGGAGACCAAUCUGGAAGCAUGGUGCAACAAACUGCUGGGAAUGAGCUUCGAGGAUCCGAUCAUCAGAAAGCGCACCCUGCAAUUACUAGUCGUCUUUUCCACAACUGCACUGAACAAAAAUGCGGGUUUUAUGCUGAAAGUUCUUGAGCAUAUCUUGAUGACUUGGCCCACGCUCGAGCCUGAUUAUCGUUCAUUCAAUGACGCCAUCAAAGAUCUACAAAGCGAAAGCAUGGUAGAACUGCAAAGACUUGCUUCUGAAAUGCCAGAUCACCUUUUGGGCGUCUUUGACCAAAUCGAGACUCGAGUCAAUGAGAUGCUUUCUUCUGGUACGCUAGACGAGAAACGAUCUCUCGCCUACCGAAGCUUCUUGUUCCUCAUCAUUCAUCGAGCAAACAACAUUGAACUUCAAAUGAAAGUUCAAAAGCUGCGUGAGUUUAUCGAGCCUGUCAAGGCACAAUGGAAAACUGAGAGUAUGAAUUUUGCUGUUGCCUCAUAUUCUGGUUUUUGUGAGCAGCUUGCUCUUGACAAAGCGCAGAGUUAUCUGGUGCGCAAACAAGCCAAUCAAGUUCCAGAUUGGGGGUCUCGUGAACUCGAUGCCGAGGGACUGGCCCUCCAGAACGAGAUGGAAGAGCGCAUCAAGGUCCUGCCAUUGCGAGCGACCAAAUCAUUCCUUGCUUUCUCAGUGGAGCGCCUAGACAAGUCUUCACCCGCCUUCCAAGCUUCAUACGCGUUAUGGCAGGAUGGCUUUUCCAGUCUUUUAGCUGAUCUUCUACAAUUGCUGAGCUUUGCUCAUGCCACGCAUAACCCGGAAAACUGGACCGGGCUGCCCAAUGAUUCUCGCUCGAUGGUUUCGCGCGUUCUAAGUGACAGGUUCUGGCAGGCUGGAAUUUCGGAUGGCAGUAAAGACGAGUUUUACGCGAGAGUGAUAGACAAAAAGAACACCAUGGAGGGCUUGGCGUCAACAAUCCGCGGAUCCGUCAGAUUCGUUAGAGAGACAGCCUAUGCAAUCAUAUACUGCAUGAGCCGGCUGGAAUUAGAAUUUUACGGCUUUGAAGGGCUACCCGGGCCCUUGGCGAAUGCUCUCUUUGCUGACUCAACAUGGCUGUCUACUCAUCAACAGAGCAACUUGCUGAACUUGGUCAGAUAUCUGGUUGAUGAUUGCCCCGUGGAUUAUCGGGAGCGCUUCCUGCCGCCGUUGCUAUCGGCUUGCUUUAGACAGAUGGACGCUAAAGUCAAUGGCGAGUGGGAGAAGAUGGACGCACAGCAGACUGUGGCGGCUGACGGCGAAGAUGGACUGAAGGAGGAAAUGAAGUCCGAAAGCAUUCUACGCCAAGUCACGUAUACUGGUGUUGUAAUGAUGGCCGACUUCUUGGACCCCACCAAACAAAAUCCCUUGACACUACAGGCUCGCGUACUGAAGGCCCGCCACCCUGACCAAGUGCUUGUCACGAGACCAUACCCAUCUCUGCGCCGAUUUUGCUUGCUACAUCAAGAGAUUGUAGAGCCACUGCUGGUAUUCUGCGCUCAUGGAAUACGGAUGAGGGACACCAGGUGCUGCGGCAUGGUCCUCCGACUAUUGAUCUCUCUGGUACCCGAGUUCCAAGCAAGUGAUGCAGCGCAGAAGCCGCAAUCCGACAGCGCCGCGAGCCUGGCCGAUUCUUCCUCCAUCCCUACGGAGAUCGCCUCGGCGAUUCGAGAAUACUUGUCCAGCGACGUGCUCCGGGCCUGCUUGACGUCGUUUCACGAGCCGUACUUUGUCGAGGUGCAAAAGGAGCUCGCGUUGCUCAUUGCUACCGUAUACGUGCACUACAGCCCGGCGACGAUGACGCCGCACAAUCUGCUGACGUCGCUGCCCAACGUCGAGGCGGGCGAGUUGGAGAUGCUCAAGCCCUACAUGGCCAAGCCCGGGUCGCACAGCCGGCAGCAGCGCGCCAUUGUGCUGGAGCUGCUCCGCGACCUCAAAGGCGUCAGCGUGUCUGAGAUGGGCAAGCUGGCCAAGAGCGCGGGCCUGCAAGGCGUCAGCGACGGUGCAGGCGGGCGCGUCAAGAAGACAGGUGGGCGCAGCAAGAUGGCGCAGAGCUUCAUGACGGAGUCCCCGGCGCAGCAGACCAACGGGGCGACGCGGAUGGAACAGGUGGCAGGUGGCAGGCGGGCGACGCCAGACGCUUUGGACGGCGUAUCCAACCUGUUUGAUGGAUAG